CUGGUUCCCGCUCAGCCCCGCCCAGGAAAUGGAGGUCUCCGCCCCUGUAACUGGUCUCUGCUCAGUCACCCCAGCUCUGCAAGCCUUGUACCAUCCGCCCCGAGAACUGGGCCCCACCCAGAGCCCCGCCCCUGGAACUGGUGUCCGCUCAAUCAGCCUCGCCCUCCAGGCCUGGUACUGCCGCAGCCGGUUCCCCGCCUUCAGCCCCGCCCCGGAACUAAUCUCCGCCCAUAAACAGCCUGGCUCCGCCCCCAGGACCAACCCUGCCCCCGCUACUGCCUUAGGCCAGGGCCCAACUUUGUGCCCACUAAGCAAACUAGAACACCUCUGCCCGAGGCUGGGGUGCGCGGCCGCCGCUCCCGCCCGCCGCGCCUGCCGCCUAAGCGCCGAACCCCCAACACGCUCAACUCUGCGAGGCUGCCCGUGUGAGCCGGAAGCGGACAUGUAGCGCGGCUCUCCCCAGACCGGAAGCGGAAGCGCAGGGCGGUGCCGUGGGAGGGGCUGCGCGUGGGGCACCGGAGAGCGAGUCCCUCCAUCCCCGCGAGUCGGCGCUUUUGGCCCCCGCGGGAGGGGCCGGGCUUGGUGAGCGACUGGCGGGGCCUCGGGUCCGAGUCCAGGGGGCGACGUGGGCCGCGGACACCGCCAGCCGUGGGCCCUGCGUCCCUCCCGGUAGCCGUGUUUCUGUCCAUGAGGCCUCCGGCUGUGUGCAAGCAGAUGAGAAAAACAUCAUUCAAGCUCAGAUUCGUGUUGAAGCCUGCCGCAAGGUCCACCUGUCAUUGUGGAUUUGUGUGUGACCGGGAGCAGCUUGGCUGGAAGGCUCUGGCUGGAAACUUGCAGAAGGCUGUCAGCUGGGGUCGCAUUAUCCGAAGGCUCAACCGUUACUGGGGGCCACUCCAUGGCCUGCGAGUCAGAGCCGGCUGUCGGUGGGAGGCCUCAGUUCCUCUCCACAUAGGCCUCUGCACAGGGCCACUUGAGCAUCUUCCCAGCAUGGCAACUGGUGUCCCCUAGAGCAGCAUCCAGGAGACCAAGGCGGAAGCAGCUUCAGUGCCUUCUAGGACCUGGCCCUGGAAGUCAACCCUAUACCCAUCCCCGCUGUCUCCUCAGCCAUAUUCUGCUGGUCACACAGAGCUCCGUCCUGAGAGCGCUGCGGAAUAAGGGAGGAGCGUCCUGCUUCCCAGCUGCCCUGUUGCUGUCGGAGUCACAGGAUGGCGGCCGUCGUCCUGCCCCCGACUGCUGCUCCAUCUUCCCUGUUCCCAGCCUCUCAGCAAAAAGGACACACAGAGGGCGGAGAGCUGGUUGAUGAGCUCCUGACAAGCUGGCUACGGGGCUUGGUGACCUUCGAGGAUGUGGCCGUGGAGUUCACCCAGGAGGAGUGGGCAUUGCUGGACCCUGCCCAAAGGACACUGUACAGGGACGUGAUGCUGGAGAACUGCAGGAACCUGGCCUCGCUGGGGUGUCGUGUUAAUAAACCCAGUCUGAUAUCCCAGUUGGAACAAGACAAGAAGGUGAUGACAGAGGAAAGAGGAAUUCUACCAAGCAGCUGUCCAGAUUUGGAGACUCUACUUAAAGCCAAAUGGUUAACUCCUAAGAAGCAUGUUUUCCGAAAAGAACAGUCUAAAGGUGUAAAAACGGAAAGAAGUCAUCGUGGAGUGAAACUCAAUGAAUGUAAUCAGUGUUUUAAAGUCUUCAGCACAAAAUCUAACCUAACUCAGCACAAGAGAAUUCAUACUGGAGAAAAACCCUAUGACUGUAAUCAGUGUGGGAAGUCCUUCAGUAGCAGAUCUUACCUUACUAUUCAUAAGAGAAUCCACAAUGGGGAGAAACCCUAUGAAUGCAAUCACUGCGGGAAAGCAUUUAGUGAUCCCUCAUCCCUUAGACUGCAUGUGAGAAUUCACACCGGAGAAAAACCCUACGAAUGUAACCAGUGUUUUCACGUCUUCCGCACCAGUUGUAACCUCAAAAGCCACAAGAGGAUUCACACAGGGGAGAAUCACCAUGAAUGUAAUCAGUGUGGAAAAGCUUUCAGCACAAGGUCCUCCCUCACUGGGCACAAUAGCAUUCAUACAGGGGAGAAACCUUAUGAAUGUCACGAUUGUGGGAAAACCUUCAGGAAGAGUUCCUAUCUGACACAGCACGUAAGAACUCAUACUGGAGAAAAACCCUAUGAAUGUAAUGAGUGUGGGAAAUCCUUCAGCAGUAGCUUUUCUCUUACUGUGCACAAGAGAAUACAUACCGGAGAGAAACCCUACGAGUGCAGUGACUGUGGAAAAGCCUUUAAUAAUCUCUCAGCUGUGAAGAAACACUUAAGAACUCACACUGGAGAAAAACCCUAUGAAUGUAACCAUUGUGGGAAAUCCUUCACAAGUAACUCCUACCUUUCUGUACACAAGAGAAUACAUAAUAGGUGGAUAUGAAUUAACUGUGGGAACUUCUGGGGGAAGCACUCAUUGAUCUUUCAUCCCUAAGAUAGUUUGAGAGAGCUCACACUGGAUGUAUAAGUUAUUUGUUGCAAUGUAACAAAUGAUCCCCCAAAACUUUGUGGCCACAAACACCAAACAUUUAUUAUCUCACAAUUUCUACAGGUCAGGAAUUCAGGAACAGCUAAUCUGUGUAGUUACACGGCAGGAUCUCUCAUGCCCUUACUUACAGUCAAGAUGUCAGCCAAAGCUGCGGCCAUCUAACAUCUUUGCUGAUGAACAGUCCACUUCCAAGAUGACUCAUUCACAUGCCUGGAAAGUUGGUGUUGGUUGUUGUCAGGGGACGUUCAGUCAUUACCAUGCAGGCCUCUCCACGUAGGCCUCUUUACAAGGCCGAGUUCCUUUAUGAUUUGGCAAUAAGUUCUCCCGAAGGUUAGUGAUCCAAGAGGCGACCAGUACAGAGGCCAAAAUGACUUUUAUGACCUAUCUUCAGGAGGACUGCUAAGCUUUCACUUAUUUCCUAUUGUGCUGGUCUCACAACACACCAAUCCUGAUACAAUGUGAGAGACUACAGAAGGAAACAGAUCACUCAGAAACAUCUGGGAAACUUGCCAUGGAAUUAAUGAAGUAAAGCCCUCAGCACAUCAUCCUUUUAAUCUAAUCAAUAUGAAAUAGCAUUCAAUAACUCCUAUUAAUUCACUCUGAAGAGAAACCUUUUGAGGACAAUCUGCGUGGUAAAGCUCUCAGCUCAAACUCUCACCCUCAUGGGCCCAGAAGGUUAUGUACUGAGAGAAUCUUGAAGAAUGGAACAGCUGUAGGAAAGCCUUCAGUGCUAUCAGCAGGGAUUCAUGUGACAGCUCACGCUAAGAGAGAAAACCUGCGAAGGUCAUCAGAAUGCAGAAGCCUUCAGGGACAGUCAUCCCUUAAGACACACAUUGGAAAUCGCGCAAUGGAACAACACUCAGAAGUGCAGAAUAUCCUACAGCAAAAGUGUUCACAUUUCUGAGCAAACUGUAGUGUGGUAUUCUGCAGUGACUAUGGGAAAGCCUUGAAUGUUCUCUCAGUUUUUAAGGGACUUGCGGAUUAAUUCUGGAGUGAAUGCCCCAUUGAACAGCAUCAAUAUUGGAGAGCUUUCCGGUUUUCCACAUUUGUUAGGAAACUUGUGAGCACUCACACUGCAGAGAAACUUGCAAAUAUAAAGAAAAAGAAAAAGCCUUCAGUGAUGCCUCUGUGUUAUGGAAAAUGUGGAACUUCUCCCUGGAUACAAAACCUAUGAGUAUAUUAAUAUUGGCAUAUUUUUCAGUGAUUCUUCUCUUUCUUGUCUAUGAGAGAACUUACAUGGAGAAACCCCUAGGAAUGCAAUCAGUAUUAGGAUGCCUCAGCCUCAACUCUUCACUGAGUGGCCACAGUUGUCACUGGGAACAGAAAGUAUAAUAACUGUUUUGAGUGUGGGAUUUCCUACAUCAGUGUCUCAUCUGUAGAUUGGACUGCUAGCUCAUUAACUUUUUAGUCUUUUUUCUUUUAACAUAAACGUGUAUAGCUGUUCCCUAAAAUAAACAUUAACUUAUAUUUCAUAAUUUUAA